AUGCGUAUGCUCAAUCAAGACGACGAAGUUGAUGCGGAAGUUACGUGGGAGGAUCAACAACAAAUAAAUUCAUUUAGUAAAUUGAACGCAAAAUAUUCUGAUUUAGAGGAAGCAUACAAUGCGAAGAAGCAAGAAAAAGAAGCUCUCGAUGAUCUAUCUUCAGAAUUGGAACUUGUGGAUGAAGAUGAAUUAAUCAAGUAUAAAAUAGGUGAAGCUUUUAUGUCAAUUCCAUUAGAACAAGCACAACUUCGUAUUGAACAAGAACAAAGUUUUAUAUCAGAAGAAUUGGGGAAAUUCAAAGAAGAAAUGGAUUCUUUAAAUGAACAAAUGGGAAAGCUUAAAGGGAUUUUGUAUGGAAAGUUUGGUAAAGCUAUUAAUUUAGAAAAAGAUUAA